UCCAGGCGCGCAAGAGGAAGCGGCGCUCUUCCUCCUCCCGUGUCUGCCUCCGGACCAGCAAGAACAGCUUUGAACCGGUUUUGUCGCUCGCUACUAAGCAGUAUGAAACGGAUGCACAAUGAACAUUGUUGGUGCAGAGUGCCUUCAUUACACACGGGCACCGUAGACUGCAGCUCAGAAAGACUGUUAUCCGCGCUGUUGUCAUUUUUAUAGCGAGUCAGUAUAGAGGGCUUUUAAUAAGGAGAACAUACAUGGGAAGUUCCCGCAGAGCGCGCAGCCCUGCAGGCGCCUGCUGCUGUUUUUAUAGAUGCUGAGGAACCGCACCUCUGUCAAAGCUGUAACAGAUCCCAGAGGGCAGCAGUAACAUCAGCACCAUGGCUCCGUCUACUCAAGUGCAGGAUGGAGGCUGGGGGUGGGCGAUUGUUGUGGCGUCCUUCAUGGCCCAGCUCUUGGCUUAUGGGUCGCCCCAGUCGGUCGGCGUCCUGUACCCCGAGUGGCUGCACGCCUUCCAGGAGGGCAAGGGCAUGACGGCCUGGGUUGGCUCCCUCGUGGCUGGAGUGGGACUAAUAGCCAGUCCUGUCUGCAGUGCCUGCGUGGACAACUUUGGAGCUCGCCCCGUGACCAUCUUCAGUGGUGUAAUGGUGGCAGGCGGCUUGAUGCUCAGUGCCUUUGCUCCAAAUGUCCAGUUCCUCAUCUUCUCCUAUGGGAUUGUGGUUGGCCUGGGUUGUGGUCUGGUCUACGCAGCCACGUUGACGAUCACCUGUCAGUAUUUUGACAAGAGACGCGGCCUGGCCCUCGGCAUCGUCACCACAGGCACAAGUGUUGGCGCAUUCAUCUACGCCACCGCUCAGAACGAACUGAUCGUGUUGUUUGGCCUGGAUGGAUGCCUGCUCAUCAUCGGAGCUAUAGCACUAAACCUCAUGGCCUGCGCCGGCUUCAUGAGGCCCCUUAACAUGCCGGGGUACUACCUCAAACAGAAAGCCGCCCUGGAGCGCAACAACGAAGAGCAGCUCUUUGAGAAGCCACCGCUGGAUGACCUGAGGAUCACGAGCGGUUCCACCACAACUACUCCAGAGAAAACUCUGAUAGUGAAAGAGCUGCUCAUCACCAUCGAUGCCAAGGACUUGAACAUUCAGACAGAGAAGAAGAAAGGCAGCUUCCUGGCUGGGUUAGCCAUCAUGAAGGUCAUCAAGAAAAAGCAGCAGGCUUACUCUAAGUAUAUGCAGUCCAUGCAUGAGAUCCUGCAGGACCAAGCCAUGGUGGCCUUCUGCAUCGCUGUCUUCCUGUUCAGUCUGGGUGCAUUCCCUCCUGUGCUCUUCAUAGAGGAUGUGGCGCAAAGUGAAGGACUCAUCGAAGAGGUUAGCGUCAUACCUCUGGUAUCAAUAGGGGCCAUCGCUACUUGUGUCGGUAAACUAGCGCUCGGUGUCCUGGUGGACAUCAGGUGGAUCAACGGCAUCUAUCUAUACGCCUUCACCAUGUUUGCAGGAGGUGUGGCGCUGCUCCUGAUCCCCAUCACCAAGACUUAUUUAGGACUGCAGGUACUAUCUGCCGUCCUAGGUUUCUUCUCCGGAAACUGGUCUCUCACCUCCUAUAUUACCACUAAGAUUGUCGGCUUGGACAGACUGACACAAGCCCAUGGCAUCCUCAUGUUCUUUGGGGGAUUUGGGAUCAUGCUUGGACCCCCUGUCGUAGGUUGGUUCUUUGACUGGACACAGUCAUAUGACCUGGCGUUCUACUUCAGUGGGUGCUGCGUAGUUCUGGGAGCAAUCGUUCUCUCCGUACUCACCCUUCCCUGCUGGAACAGGAAGCACUCGGAGAACGACAGACCAGACGUCCACUAUACCAGCAACUGUGAAAAAGUUGCCUCAGUAGCCUGAAAAUGAGCACCUUUUCUAAGGUCACACCUACUUCUCGGCAACUGUACCUGAUCCACCUCUAGGAGGACUCUUCUGUCUUUUACUAUAGAGGGGUUUCCCCCUUAUUUCUGCUGCCAGGUUUUAAUAUACCAAAAUUCUGAAAUACAGGCUUUCCUCUGUAAUUUGCCUGCGUUUCUCAGGUUCAAACCACUUAUACAGAUCUUUUUAAAGGUUUGACAUUGACGCCUGUGUUGCUUUUCUGUUUUUAUUAUUGCCUCAUUUUACGAGGUGAGCUGAACAAUAUUGUUGAGUGUAAUACAGUAACAUCAUUUGAAAUCACAAAUGAUCACCCUCCUUGAAUCUUGCCACAAAAGAGAGAAUACAGGGACUGGAACGAAGUUGUCUUUGAUAAUCACAACUUAAGCAUCACAUUUUAUUUUAUAUUAUUUUAUUAUAUAUAUUUACUAUGUGUCUUACCAAAGCAUUCAUGAUAGCCAAUGCCUGUCAACACAUAAUGCCUGUUUGAACAAUACACACGCCUUGCUUUCUAGACAAUUUUAAUUUUCAAAUGCAUUGGCUCAGUUUUACUUGUUUGUCUUAGAAAUGUGUGAAUUCCACAUACCUCCUGUUUUUGUGUCAGGCUGCUGAUUCAAAAUCAUGUAGAGAGAUCCUACUGUAUUUUCAAUCUCUACAGCAUGUUGAUUCUCUUUGUGGCAUGAUCGUCAUGACAUCUUCGGUUUCCAUCAUGUUGUGCGUGUUUAUGUGUACGUUGUGUGUGUAUGUGUCUGCACGCGCAUGUUUUGCGUAGGUGCACAGGCUUGUGUGUGGACUGUUUGAUAAACUUUUGUAUUAGCACUAGUUGGUAAAGUCCUAUGUGCUAGUGACUUUUAUAUGCACAAAACCGGCCACUGGGCUGUAAAAAAUAGGUUUUGUUUAAUUUUUCAUUAUUGUGAUCAUAAUAGUAAUGAAUACAUUGCAAUAGGCUUUUAGAAUCACUUGAAUGUUGUUGAAUAGACCACUACAAAUGUCUUUGAUAGUUCCAGUUUCGGGCGUAAAAGAGUAAACCUGGGACCUUAGUGUUUGCUUUUUAUAUUUGUACUCUAGAAGCUAUUUACAGGAUGCAGAUGAGGUACAGGUGACACUGUACAUUUUAGCCACUAUUUGUUUUUUUAUUCCAGUAUUAUUAUAUUUAUGUCUGAAUUAAUGUUCUGUUAUUUUAUUUGAAAUGUGCCAAUAAAAGAUGUUUGGAUUAA